GACGCGACCAUGGACAGAGCGCCAGCUGCCUUUCAUUGCAGGCUCUGCGAUACUCCGCUCGCAACGUCUGCGGAAUUUCGGCAUCACGCAAAAAGCGACUCGCACGUCUACAAAUUGCAGUGUCGCGUGGCGACUCUGGGAGCCGCCGUGCCGACUCCCCGAAGCCACGGAACAGACGACAGUGUGGCAGCUAUAGAACCAUGGUCGGCGGAGGAUCAGUCUACUGACAGUCAGACGGAAAGCGACGCGGACGAGACAGAAGGCCAAGAUUCAGCUCCAUCGUUCAAUCCGCGACAAUGCCUGUUCUGCGGUGAUGAGAGUGACGGGUUCGAGAGCAAUGUCGCCCACAUGGCUUCGGUGCACAGCUUCAUUGUGCCGUAUCAAAGCUGCCUGGCUGUCGAUCUACAAACCUUGAUCUGGUACCUCCAUGUCGUCAUCUUCGGAUACCGCGAAUGCAUCCUGUGCACGACGCGGCGCAGCACAGUUCAAGGCAUUCAGCAGCAUAUGACGGCCAAGGGACACUGCCGGUUCGACAUUUCCGCAGAUACGGAAGAUUUCUAUGAGCUUCCUGAGUCGCAAUACCAUGACUUGGCAGAUCUCGCACGACCAGAUGAAGCGUCCUUGCGGCUUCCAUCAGGCAAGCUUCUCGGCCACAGAGCGUUACGCGAGGCGCAAGCCAGGCCGCGAUCCACCCAACAAGAAGUAUCUGACGGGUCGAGAAAUGCCCAGCUCGGUUCGGAGCAGCCGAGAGGAGUAGGUCAGGAUGUUGCUGCGAAAGAUGAGUCGAGCUCAGCUAUUCUCGCCGCACGGCUUUCUCAGCUGAGCGUUCGGGAUCAAAACACGCUGGCGCUCCUGCCAAGUCAUGAGAUCCGCUCAGUCUUGGCCACGAGAAGGAAGCAAUUGGACAAGGCUAGAAGAGAAGAAACUAGGGCUAGGAGGAAGGUGGAGAGGCUGGGAAACAAAACACUGAUGAAACACUUCAAGCCCGAUGUACCAGGACGAUCGAACGGCUAG